AUGGCGGCCAUGCGGAGACGGCUCCUGCCCGUCAUCGCCCUGUGCCGUCGCGCUCCCGGACCCAAACCCCGCUGCCGCUUCCUCCACUCCCCCUCCCUCCUCGACGCCGUCGCCGCCUCCGCCUCCUCGUCGCCCAACCUCCUCUCGCGCAGCUCCGACUCGCUCCCGCCGGAGAAGAGAGUCGGCGAAGUCGUGGCGGACGCCCCGAGGGGCGCUUGGUCCGUCGAGCAACUCUCUCGGCAGCUAGGUCGCUGGCUCCCUUCGGCCGAUGGCGUGGUGCUGGUGCUCGUCGGCGCCAAUGUCGCCGUCUACGCACUCUGCCGCCUGGCGGAUCCGACGAUCAUGAUGAAUCACUUCGUGACUUCGCUGGACAAUUUCAAGAGCGGGCGGUUGCACACGCUGCUCACCAGCGCUUUCAGCCACAGGGAUGCUAACCAUCUCUUGAAUAACAUGACCGGCCUCUACUUCUUCGGUUCAAGCAUUUCCGUCAUGUUUGGUCCUGCUUUCCUUCUGAAGAUGUACCUAACAGGAGCACUUACUGGAUCUGCUGCCUUCUUGGCAGAAAUGACUUUUCUAGCUCCACGAAAACAGGGUCGUGGAGGAUGGAAAACUCCUAUGCUUGUAAGUGAUUUCAUGUCUUACAUCUGCAGUGAAAUUUGCCCAACCGGCCAACUGGUGCAAGUGGUGCAGUUAAUGCAAUCACUCUUCUCGUGA